GAACAAGAUUCAAGAAUGGAAACAAAGGAAACCCCCACUAGUACCUAUGUCGGCGCGUUUCCACAAACAAACCGAAAGAACGCCUGCAUCGCACGCUUUGAUCGUGAUGCGAUAACGAAAAUGACCACCCGAGGAAGAAGCCCCCGCUGGGGGGGAACCUGUGUGUGGUGCAAAAGCCGGGCGCUUUUGAGAGGUAGGACACAACAAGCGAGUGCUGCGUUCGUAGUUUCCUCUACUACAGGAGUCUGCAUGUCGUGGGCACUCGUCGUCCUCCUUCAGACUUGCACCACCACGGCUGCUGGUGUCGCAAAGCAAAGCUCCUUUCCCGAUUCUCGUGACGAGAAUGACCCGGAUGGCUUUUUGGAGACUCGGGCGGCCGACGCCGAAAAAUACGGAGAGAAUGAGCUGCAGCAACGGAUUGUAGUUGACCACGACGGGCACACAUUGGAUGAGGACAGCUUCGCGCCGGAAUUCGACACGCAGGUGGAGGACGACGGAUUACAGAACGCGGGGAAACUACAGUUGUACGCCGGGGCACACGCACCAGACGGAGGAGAUGAACAAGGAGGCUCUGGUGCAUCGCCGUUCGUCCAAAAACAUGAGCACGCGCCUGGGGUCACCAACAACUCCCCCUCCAAGCACGAUCGUAAAGAAGAUCUUGGCGCUGAGUCCUCUCGUCUUCCGAAAUCCUUUGUCGCGACGGGGGAGGACACGUCAAGGACGUCCUCGGUGCAACGCCAGUCUUUCAGCCAACGGGACUCCAACGCCAUAUCUUCAAAGACGUUUUCCGCUGAUACUACAACUCGGCGGGAUCAUGAAGAUGGCUCCCCUUACAGCAACUCGACUUCCUUCCCUUCAACGAAAACUUGGCGGUUUGACAAUUUGCAAGACAGCGACUUCGUCCCUUCCGGCCGGGCCCUUCCCAAGGAGGUGUUGGAACACGAAGCGAACUGGUUCCGCACAGACCACAAAUUUAAGUAUCUGAUGAUCUCGUACCCGACCUCUGAAACCACGACCAGGCACGCACUGCACGCAGCAAGUACAAGCAAACAGCUGGCUGGCAGUUACGACUUAGCCGAGGAUCUUGCUUUUAACGUGGGCACAGGGGGGUUCUGGGGUCUCGUCGCAACGGCUGCAAAAUGGGGCAUCCGGACGGUGAAGUACAUUUACGAAUCCAUGCAGGUACGAGACUCCUUCUUUCACGCCACUUCCACCUCGUUCAACACGUGGUGGCGGAGCCGGCACUGGUGGUGGAACCAACGUCGCACCCCGCAAAACGACACGGAAAGUUUGGCCAAACACGAAGAGGACAGGAAAACCUGGCACAGGCCAAUCGUGGACUACCUCCGAAACAGGCUCGGGUACACGACUCGGGCAGACGACGACACGACUCGGCGAGACGAUUUCGGGUACACGACUCGGGCAACCUCGAUUUCGAAAGAAGACACCGAGAGGCUUCACAAGGAUCUCCUAGAGGGGUCCAUAGAGGGGCAUCGGAAACCUCACCUCGGGCCCGUCCUGAAGGCGCACUUUAUUCCCCACUUCCAUUACAUCUAUUGUAGCGUAGAGCCAGAAAUCAUGAACGCACUCACGCUGCCCCUGCUAGAUCCGGAAAUCCUGGCGGACGAAAAGGAGCUGUGCGCGGAGAUAGCGAAUUCUACCACCGCGGCGAGUGAAGAUGGAAGCGGUUUGCCAAAGAACGGUCUCUGCCAGGGAACUUCUAAAAAUGCUACAGCCACUUCAACCAACGGCGGCCCAACGUGGAACACGACUGUAGCCACAAUCCUGAACUUCGCGGAUGCCCUUCUCGGCUCGUGUCGACGAAGAAACCCACAAACCGCAUCUGCGGGAAGUAGCAACGCGACGGGCAAGAACACGGAGGAAGCCGAGGCGCCUUCCUCUUUGUGGGACACAGCGAAAGAAAAGUUGGGGCUCGGCAGUGCCAGAUACAAAAAGAAAGAAAAAAGCCGUCCACGACGCACCGAGGCGGACGAAAGGUCGACCUUUUCGGAUCUGCGAGAAGGUCUCAGUAAUCUGGAUCCGGAGACUAUCGCGAGAAAAAACUGUUCAAACCUUUGCAGACUCGGAAACAACAACACUCGGUGAGCAUGACACACAAAACUUGUAGUAUUGCGCCAGACCAUUCAUGAAGAGAAAACUGGAAGAAUGCACGAAGUACGCAUGACUUGCUUCUCCAGCUUGAUGCACUACUAUGGGGAUAUAAGGUGCUUUCCCAGCAUGACAAAAAAAGUCUCAAGGAAAACUGUCCGCAUGAUAAGUUGACAGCACUGAGACCAUUUAAAAUUUUCCUCGCGAUAGAGACCGAGGAGAUCGUUUGUGACUUCAAAGUGUACGGAGAGUGGCAUUCGGCUAGUGGUUGGGCAUUGCAAACCGCAGGCUCGCUGAGGCGGCGGAAGAAGUGGAAGUUCUUUGUCCCGCCCCGGGAAACGGACUACUCCCAGAUGAUCGGGCCCAUACUGUCACGAAACAUGCUGCCGAAAGUGAUGAGGGAAAGGCUUGGUUUCAAAAAAGCAGGGGAACACCUGACUCCCGUGGAAAAGGAGGCGAAAGCGAACUUGCGCCAGGCGAAAGUAGCGACGCGGCCGCUCGGCGGAAAACUAAAACUGCCACAGCAGAAGUACUGCAAGGUGGAACUCGAAAAGUCGAUCAUGUUCCCAGUGAAGUCUCGGUUUCGACUGGGAUUCGGCAUGGGGCGACUCAUCAAAGCCAUGGUCAUGAAGGUCGCGGAAGGAAAGACGGACUACAGCCUAUUAAGAGGAAAAAUCCCCCCUCCCCAUAUCGAACAGGUAUGUUUCCGAAAAUUUGUGUUGCUGAUUUGAGACCCCAAAUCGCGUGUGUCUUGCAAGAAGGCAACGCCACAACCUCCGCAGCAUUGUGUAGGCGGUUUAUGAUGCUGAUGGGCCUACAGCAUGGACGUUUCUCAUGCUAGACGCCUAGGCCAAAACCUCUCAGCUUAGGCUUAUUAUGGGCCUGCAUUCCUGUCCAGCAAGACAAAUCUGAUUUGCGUACGCAAAUCCUGCAUCCACUUAUCCCUCUCGGUAUUCGGUCGCAGGGAAGGGUUGCCGGGGUCUCCCUCGCAUCGGUUCUCGAUGUCGGGUGUGAGUUUGUGACUGCGGGGGCAGUGGUUGGCUUAGGUUUGUGGAGUACUUCUGAAAAGAGGCUCCCAUUCCUUCUUCCAGGCAGCGAUCCUAGAUCGCUGCCACGCGGAGCCACCCCCGUAUUUCACCCCCAGGGGGUUGUGGACCUGGCAAAACCGAUGAGUUCGGGCUGCUGACUGUUCCACCUCUUCCGAGUGCGAUCAUGUUACGCCUCACGCCUCACGCAAAUCCUGCAUCAGAGACUUCGUUUCGAUAUGGGGGGGGAGAUUUUUCCUUUUGAUACAGCCGCAACUUUUUCGCUGCCGUGGGAAAGAUUUCCACAGUGUCGCAGCAUGAAAUAGAGAACUCCGCCCUGCAAUACCGCGAGAUGCAGAAGCUGUUGGCGCGCAGGCGCAUGGAGCACAAGCGGUUCGUGACGAAGCAAAGUUUUGACACGCAAAUUAUGCAGCUGGUACAAGAAAAAGAGAACCAAAACUCGGCCUUCGCCCGCGGGUCCCAGCUCUCCGCGGAGCUGAGCCACCGGGUUGCAGUGCAUGCGUCACCCGAAGUGAAGGAACUGUACUCGUCCCAGGACCUGCGCAGACUUUUUGCCCAUGCAGACAAGAAUGCGGACGGGAAAGUGGAUCCGGCGGAGUGGGAGCUGUUUUGGCAGGAAGUAGUGGACUAUCCAGUACAAAUACGUCUGGGUCUGGAAAAAUAAAAUCGGAGCCUGUAUCGUGUGUCUUGCAUUCCUGCAAAAUCUGUACUGAUGGACCAACAAUAGAAAGAGCUCUCUUGUCAUGCAAGAACGCAGUUUGUUUCUAGUGAAGUGCCGUGCGCUCUACGCAUGAGGCAGCGUGGUCUUAAAAACUUGUCGUGCUUCGUCGCUCGACUCAGGAGCAUCAUGCAUGCUCAAAAAUAAGUAAUCGCGACACAGCAUCACAAGUUUCCAGACUGACCCAGCCAUAUUUCGGUUUCAUAUGGAUCUUGAUCGAAGCGGCACCGUCUCGAUAGGAGAGUUUUUCGAAGUCUUUGGCUUCGAAUCCGUCCGAGUCAGAGGCCCGGACGAGCAACAAAGAAUAAAAGCCGACUUCUGCGCCGAAAGGAGGCAGGAGCUGGAGGAGCUGCAACUCAUCGAGCGUCGUAAAUUGGAGGAGGCAAAGGCAGACAUCGAUAAUUCCACACACGGAGCGGCGUUGGUCGAGCGUACGGAAUUUCGGCUGGCGCAAAUCGACGAGCAGCUGCGACUGCUGUUCAGCAAUAGCACAAGAACGAAUUGCACAUCUCUCCUCGUCGACGAAUCGGGGAACGACGCCGAGCAAGAGUCUUCAGGGGACGACCUGCAAUCGUCAGGCGAAGAGAGCUCGGCCUCUUUCGACGAAAGGGAGGAAAGAAGAGCGGGCGAUGUUUUGAAGAUUCGGGUCAUGAACACAACGAUGACCAUAUCCUGAGGGAAAACGUGGUCGUACCCAGCCCAGAGUGAAGAUGCGAAUUUAUUCGGCGACACGCAUCAAUUUGUUGCGCAUGACAAGUAUGGGCGCGUAGUGCGAUCGUGUUUACGUACCGCCACAUCACAACUCGAUCGCUUCAUGCUCUAUAAUAGAGCAUGCCAAGUUCCCAUCCUUAUUAGAGCAUGCCAAGUAGGAAAACGCAAACGCUCCGCAUCGGAUUGCGCAUUACAAACAUGUUAGGCAUGCCGUUUUGCAUGACAUUAGAUAGAAAAACCUGGGCUGGGGACGUUUUUCCACAGGAUCGACCAUCCCGGAACUGCGCGAUAUCUUCCUUUACACCGCCGAUUUGACCAUGCCGCACGGAAUAUCCUGAGUAAAAACGUACCCACACCAGAGUCAGGAUGAGGAUUUUGCAACACAAACCUAGGAGUUUUGUGAGUCACGCAUGACAAGUUUCAGUCCGUAAGGUAGUGCAAGUUAGCAAGGAAAGCCGCAUCACAAAUCGACCUGCUGAUCCUGUUCACAGCAUCACAAAUUCCAAAACACGAUUGGAAAUGGCUCUCAUGGGAGUGCGCAUCACAAAUGUCUUUGUCAUUGCAAAUCUGCAUUACAACUCUGGGGUGGGUACGUUUUUACUCAGGAUACGGAACACUUCCCCCCACCGACAGCCUGGUGUUCUUCGAGCUGGGUGACACCGUCCGCAAUGGCUUCCUCCAUCUCGACGAGUUCGAAGUUUUGUUCCAGGCCAAGGCUUUGGGAGUCGACGAAAAGCGGAAGCAGCAGGAAAAGAUCAUCACAAAGCAGCUGGAUUCCUUGCGGAAAACGCCAGCCUUUCUGACGGGAAACAGGACCAUCGACAAGAAGAACGUGGAGCAGAUCAAGAUUAUGAAGCAGGCUCUGUUAAACGCGAAGACCGACCCGCAGCAGCGCGUCGACCACAAACUCUCUGAGAUCAACGCACUGAACCCCAAGUACGUUACCGACGCGGACAAGCAGUUACUAUCCAUGGCUCUGCUGGGGUCGCAGGAGAAGCUUUUUCCGGUGGAAAAAGAGGGCGCUCAGCUACAACCACAAAAUUAUGCGAAAGAACCCGAAAAUGAAGAAGAACUUCUAAAGCCGGAGGACGACCAGCAGAGUAGCACCAGGACCGACAAACAAGAAGAAUCACCGCAGAAAUCCACGAUCGCAAGUGAUGCUAAACCAUCAGCCGCGAAGGGGGACGAGCAGCAGAAACCGAAGAAGUUUGACGUCUCAAAAUAUCUAAACAAGACGAGACAACAACGCUAAAGAAACACAAACGGAGGAAAACACACUGAAACUUAAUAUUUGAGUUUGCCUUUACAUACAAGAAUUUUGAGAAAUAAAUACUUAAGAAGUUUCGCUAGGCAAACGCGUUCUCUGUACUAACGUUGUUGACCCCUUUUCCCCUUUGUAUAAUGAUGUAACCUGUCGAAAUACUCAGCAACUACAAGAAAGACAUACGUGACGGGCCUCAUGUGAUGCCUGUCGAAGGCUCAAGCUUGCUGCUACGAGGAAGGCUGGAGUGACAAAGUUCAGUUUAUUUCACUUCCCAAUCACAAGGAACAAAUCUUUCUUACUCACAAUGUGCGCUUGAGAAAACGUUGAAAAAACAGUCCCCGAG